AGAGGGGAUGACCGCGCGUACUCGCAGCUGCUUGUCGCAGAAUUGAGGGGAGAUUGUGAUUGCGCAUUUGAAUUGGGAGUGUGUGAGAAGAUUUUGAAACUGUGGCGGCCAUGGCGGCCAUGGCAGCCAUGAAUACCGCAUCGCUGGGUUCGACGAUGUCACUGAAGUCUGUUGGAAGCGGCCCCAAGUUGUCGCAUGUGAAUGUCUCUGCUCCUGCUUCGACUAUGGUCAUGGGUCCUCUGCGAAUUCACGCAAUGAAGAGAAUUCAAGGGCAAUUAGGUUUCGCCGCGGUUGACAGCGCCCUCGCUAGAAUUGCUGCGCAUCCCAAGUAUAUGAAGCAAAUCAAGACGAGGACUGCGGUGCAAUCUGAGGAACGGCAAGCAGAAGAGUUAGAAGAGGUGAAUGAAGAGCCAAUGUCUGAAGAGAAUGGUUUAUCGAAAUGGCUCUAUCCUCCAGAAGAGGAGCUCCCCGACGACAAAGAAAUGACCAUUUUUGACCAUUUAGAAGAACUCAGAGACCGACUUCUGAUUUCGGUUGUAGCAGUUGGAGUGGCCAUAGCCGGAUGUUUUGUUUUUGCGAAGGAUCUCAUUGUGCUCCUUGAAAAGCCUGUUUAUUCCCUCGGCGUUCGAUUUUUGGCGCUCUCCCCUGGCGAAUACUUCUUCACCACUCUCAAGGUGUCCGGUUACUGCGGUCUUCUCCUCGGCAGCCCCGUAAUAUUAUACGAAAUUAUAGCGUUUGUGGUCCCUGGUUUAACUCGAAGCGAGAGGAAGUUGCUUGGCCCUGUUGUGUUCGGAUCCUCCUUCUUAUUUUAUGCAGGCUUGGCAUUCUCCUAUGCAAUUCUCACCCCUGCAGCUCUCAACUUCUUCGUCAGCUACGCAGAAGGGGUCGUUGAAUCGCUUUGGUCUAUCGACCAAUACUUCGAGUUUGUGUUAGUGCUCAUGUUCAGUACUGGGCUGUCUUUCCAGGUGCCCAUCAUACAACUACUACUGGGCCAGACAGGGCUGGUAUCAGGGGACCAAAUGCUCUCCGUGUGGAGAUAUGUUGUUGUAGGAGCUGUCGUUGCUGCAGCUGUCUUGACUCCUUCAACCGACCCCUUGACGCAAUGUUUACUGGCCGGCCCACUAAUUGGUCUGUACAUGGGUGGCGCUUUUGCUGUGAAACUUCUGAUUAAUAACAGGGAGCCGCUGGAAUUGGAAGAUUAGGAAACUGUACUUAUUACUUAGCCUUGUUCGUAAUGGGGAGAACUGCUUUUCCCUUACUGUAUGUUUAAAUUAUUCGCCAAAUCGGUCACGAAGCUAGCAUUGCUGAAAUUCGUGAAGUUUAGCUAAAAAGAAGAGUAAACUGUGAUAUGACUCGCUCGUCGUACGAAGACGACGAAGCUCUGCUGUACAAGUAGCACUAGCUCAGUAUCUUGAGCAAAUUUUUCUUGUGCUUUGAGGCAUUUUUUUUCAAUAUACUGCCGAGAGUUUUCUAUGCA